AUGUCAAAACUGACUGAUGAUGCCGACUACGAUGCCGGCGAAACGUUUGAGAAUGUACCAAGUCCAUUGUCUGGUGCUGGGAAUCAUGACAACUACUAUGGCAGACGACUUAGGACUGGAUGCGUCCUACUAAGUCAACUUGACAACAAGAGCAAGUCGCGACAACGAGGUCAACCCACUUCUAGAUCAAGUGGAGUUUAA